GUCGACUUUGAAAGAGAAUGGCUUCGGAAAUGGAAUCGCUGCCCGUGGCUGCAAGCGAAGAGGAGGAGGAGGAAGAGGAGGAGAAGAGUUUAGACAAAAAGCCGGGCUCGAAGAAGAAGAAGAAGAAGAAUCAGCAAGGCAAAUACAGCGCGUUGCUGGUGGAUAUCGUGCAGAAACUGGGUGCUCGCAACGGCUCCUCGCUCGCCAUCAUCUUUAAAGAAGCCAAGAACGUGCCCUGGUUUGACAAACAAAACGGUCGCAUCUACCUGCGCUACGCGCUGCGGGCUCUGGUGACGAACGGAACCCUCAAUCAGUUGAGAGGGAGAGGAGCCAACGGCUCUUUCAAGCUGACCAAGAAAGGGGAGAACGCACAGGCGGCCAAGAAGAAAUCGUCGGCCUCGGGCAGCACCACCAGAUCGGCCAAGAAAAGCAGCAAGAAGCCAGAGAGCAGGAAGCCCCAAAAAGAGCAGCCCUGCAAAGAGCAGCGGUUCCAGCAAAAGUAAGAAGGGCAAGGCGUCGAAGAAAUCCAAAUCCAAGAAGGCUUAAAAAGACUCAUCUUCGCUCGUUUUUUUUCAAUCUGACAUUUUUUAUUUUGUUGUUCAAACCUUUUGGGUUUUGGUUAGGUGGUUAGGUUUUUCUUUUGUAGCGUUGAAAAGGGUCGGUCAGUUUAAACCGAGAACGUGGAUUUUUUUUUCCUUUUUUGCAAUGUUUAAAUGACAUUCCAUUUGCAAAUUUCUUGUUUUGAGGAUUGUUUUUUUUUGUUUUACGUUUGCAUUUUUAAAAUUUUUGUAUUGAUCAUGCAAGCAAGUCGUUUUCGGGAGGAGUAAGCCUCUGUUUCAUGGAAGCGGGAACUCUGCACAAAAUAACUGAUUUGUUGCAGAGCCUCAUUUUAUUUAGGUUUAAAAAUCAGCAAAGUGGUUUGACGUCCUUAGAAAUUAAAAAAAAAGCAGAAAAGUUAUUUCCCAAGUUGGAACUUUUGUGUUAUUUCUAUAGGGGGUAUUUUUUGUUUUUAAAAUUACAUUUGUAUUUUUUAAUAGCGGAGUUUGCAGAUUUCCUCGGCAAUUUCGCCCUUGGUAACAGUUUCAGCCAAUCACCGCGCAGCAAGCAAAGUUGCAACAUUCUAGGCGGGAACGCGGCCUGCACGCUGAUUGGCUGUUGCAUUUAAUUCGCUACUUUAAAUUGUUUUUAUUUGUAAUUAUAUUUGCUGUGAA